AUUGAUUUAUUUAGAAUAGUAAAAUUUAUUGUAAAUGUAUUGGUCAGUCAUCAAUAGCGGUGUUUAAUAUCCAACUCAAGACAACAAUUCCCUUUUCAAAGAAAUGUGAAUAAUAUCUCAAAACCUCCAGCAAGUUAAAGUCUCUUAAUGUCCAACUCAUGCUCUAAUUAAUGAGUGUCAUAUCUGCUGGAGGAGCCAUUUAGUUUACUAUACAACCUCUCUUUUACUUGAGUAAACAGAUUGCAAAAGAGUCCGGUGAAAGCUCAUAUGUAACAGUGUGCUGACUGGUGCGCAAACAUUUCAGGUUUUUCUUUUGUCUGCAAAACUGAUUUUUAAUCUAUUUUUUUUCCUACAAUGUCAAAAGACAAAUACCUAGUGCUGGAAAACUAUAUUGGUGGGAAGUUUGUACCAUGUUCCAAGCUAAUGGACUCUUUCAACCCAUCGACUGGAGAGGUUUAUUGCAAAGUUCCAGACAGUGGACCUGAGGAGGUGGAUGCUGCAGUGAGGGCAGCCAAAGAGGCCUUUCCUGAUUGGUCAGCAAAGAGUCCAGCAGAGAGAUCUAAAGUACUGAAUAAACUAGCAGACCUGAUAGAGGCUCGACUGGAGGAGUUUGUCCAGGCUGAGUCUAACGACCAGGGGAAGACUAUAACUUUUGCCCGAAAUGUGGACAUUCCACGAUCAGCGUACAACUUCCGUUUUUUUGCUUCAUCUGUCCUGCAUCACACUAAUGACUGCAGUCAGAUGGAUCACAUGGGCUGUCUAAACUACACAGUACGCUGUCCUGUAGGAGUGGCUGGUCUCAUAAGCCCAUGGAACCUGCCGUUGUACCUCCUGACCUGGAAGAUUGCCCCGGCUGUUGCUGCUGGCAAUACUGUGGUGGCGAAACCCAGUGAAAUGACCUCCGUCACUGCCUGGAUGAUGUGUCAGCUAUUGGAGGAAGCUGGCUUUCCACCUGGAGUGAUCAACAUUGUCUUUGGUACGGGUCCACGAGCCGGGGAUGCACUGGUGUCCCACCCUGAUGUGCCGUUGAUCUCAUUUACGGGGAGCACAGCUACAGCAAGACUGAUAACAGAGCGCAGUGCACCGUACUGUAAGAAGCUUUCACUGGAGCUUGGCGGGAAAAACCCAGCUGUUAUAUUUGCUGAUGCUGACAUGGAGCAGUGCAUCAGCACUACUGUACGAUCCAGCUUCUCCAAUCAGGGAGAGAUCUGUCUGUGCAGCAGCAGAAUCUUUGUUGAGCGCAGCAUUUACCCAGAAUUCCUUGCUCGUUUCGUGGAGGCGGCUCGUCGGUGGAAAACUGGAGUGCCCUCUGACCCCUCCAACGACAAUGGAGCGCUCAUCAGCAAAGAGCAUCUACAGAAGGUUAAAGGUUAUGUUGCUUUGGCGCUGGAAGAAGGUGCCCAGGUGCAUUGUGGGGAGGGUGUGGACAAACUUAUCCUUCCACAACAAAAUGCGGGUGGCUAUUUCAUGUUGCCCACUAUCAUCUCUGGAGUGAAAGACUCCUCCGCAUUGAUGCAGGAAGAGAUUUUUGGCCCUGUAACCUGUGUGACACCCUUCGAUGAGGAGGAGGAAGCGAUAUCACGGGCCAACGGCGUCCGCUACGGUUUAUCCGCCACGGUGUGGUCCCGAGAUGUGGGGCGCGUGCACAGGGUUGCUAGGAAACUGCAGGCUGGGUUGGUGUGGACCAACUGCUGGCUGGUCAGAGAUUUAAACCUCCCGUUCGGUGGCAUGAAAAACUCGGGCAUUGGUCGAGAGGGGGGAAAAGACUCGUACCACUUCUUCACUGAGGUUAAGUCCAUCACCAUCAAACACUGACGCAGAAUGAAGCAGUAUAUGAGUCACUGUGUGCUUCAUGUGUCAUUUCAAAUCUCUAUACAAAUUAUAUAGAGGAAGCAAUCAGACUUGAUAUGAUUGGGAAUAAAGUCCAAGAGAAAAUCUAAGUGCUUCAUACUGUUUUUGGUGAUUGAAUGUGGGUGAAUAAUCUCGGUGGUCUUAAACUAGUAUAUUUCAUUUUAAGACAAACCAGUCUUCAAUUUUAUUGCUGUUUCAUAGCUUAGGAACAGAAUGAAGUUCUCAGGUCUGCUUUGUUUAAUAAUCUGCUUUAUCUUAUUUUUUUUUUAUUGAAUUAACUUUGUUUUUCCUAAAAAUCCUAAAAAAGCAAUAAGACUGAUGCAAAUGAGUUCAUUUUUA